UUAUUUUCAUAUUUUAUCCAUGUAUUUUUUUUUUCUUCUCCUUUAAACAAAAGCGCUCCGAUCUACGCCACGUCUCUUCCAGAUGGUCGUACUUUGAAACUAAAACAGCAGUUCCGGUACACACACAAAACACGACUUCCAUUUAUAUUCCUUACUACUCCUGAAACUAGGGCACCCCUCGUUUCUAUACAGCUCCCGAUUCAAGUAAACCACGGGUGCAGUUCAAUGUCGAACAAAGUUCCUGAAGAAAUUGACUUGAACUGUGAUGCUGUUCCGGUUCACCAAGAAAACGAGAGAAGUGUUGUUAAUGUUGGACAGCCUGCCUCUGGGUCGGCCACCUCCUGUUUAACCGAAACUGUGUUGGCUGCUGGGGUUGAUGAGUUAGGGAAAGAAAGCAAGAUUGAGAGUGUGAAGAGUCAAGGGAUUGAUUUGGAAGCUGAUAUUGGAUCUUUAGGUGAAGCUAUCGAUGAUAAAGUUAGUGCCGGGUUGAGUUCCGGUGGGGUUUCUUUGAUGGGGGUUGAUGGAGGAACUGGAGAUGGAGAUGGAGAUGGAGAUGGAAAGAGUGGUUCCAUGGAAGACAAGAAACCCGUGGAGGACUCGUUGAUAGAGAGGACUAGUGUCCGGUCGAGCUCACUUGCUGAUAAUACUGUUCAUUCUGGUGAUGGGGAGCCUCUUUCUUCAGCUGUUCAAAGUUCUUUACCUGAUGAGAACCAGAAAUUGAGUUCAAAGGAAAAGGAAGUAUCUUCUGGUGGAUUAGAAAGUUGUGAUAUGGAAAUUUGCGCACCCGAUAGUACCAAAAAGAAUCAAACUACUGUGACCCAAGGUGAAAGGGAUUCGCAGAAUGCAGAAAACUCGAAUCAAACUACAAGCAACUAUGAGGAUGGGUCAUCUGAUGUUGAUACAAAACCUGAAGAUGCAGAAUUUUGUGUCUCUGAUUUAGUGUGGGGUAAAGUAAGGAGUCAUCCAUGGUGGCCGGGGCAGAUAUUUGAUAGUUCAGCUGCUACAGCAAAGGCAAAGAAGUAUUUCAAAAAGGAAAGUUAUUUGAUUGCAUAUUAUGGUGAUCAGACAUUUGCUUGGAAUGAGGCAUCUCAGAUCAAACCUUUUAGGUCUCAUUUCUCACAUAUGGCUAAGAAGAACAAUAUGGAAGAGUUUCACCAUGCUGUGGGUUGUGCUCUGGAUGAGGUUUCCAGACGGGUAGAGUUUAGUCUGGCCUGUUCUUGCAUUUCCGAGGAAGCAUAUUCCCAGAUUAAAACCGAGAUAAUUGUUAAUGCUGGGAUCCGGGAAGAAUUUAGCAGACGAGAUGGUGGGGAUAGGUUUUCAAGUGCUUCUUCCUUUGACUCUUUGGAACUUGUUAAAACUAUUAAAAAAUUGGCUCAAUCACCUUCUUGUACCGAUAUUGAUAGAGUGCAAUUCACAAUAUCAAAGGCGCAAUUGUUAGCAUUCCAUCGUUGGAAGGGUUACUCUCAGCUACCGGAGUUUCAAAAUCUUUGCGGAUCAUUGGAGACUGAUGCUGAAAUCCCUCUGUCUGAGGAAAUGAAGAAAUAUAGCAAACUGAUAAAAAAUGAAGUUCCUAGUGUCAAAGUUGACAAAAGGGUGUACUCCGAAGAAGAGGAGCUAGACAGCCAAGACGGCUCAUCUUCUAAACAAAAGAAAAACCUUACAGUUUCCGGGGAAAAGGAGAAAAGCUUGUCAGAGUUUAUAGCUGAAAGGCGCUUGAGUUUGCAAAAUGUUAAAAGGAAAUUGAAUAAAAAUGGUGAUGACAUGCUAAUAUCUUCAUCACCUGCUAAAAAGCUAAAGGCUGUUGACCCUGUGUGUAAUGACUUGGCAAUGAAACAGAAUAAGAGUAAUGUGUCAACAGCAUCUGUAGAUAAGCCUCUACAGUCUAAGCAAACUUUUGGAGUUGGAGCUAGCAUUCUUAGGGUUGCAAGCCAACUGAAUGGUUCAAUAUUUUCGACGCCAUUACUAAAGCAUUCUGAUGGGAAAUCUCAGAAGGCGACAGUUGGUAAUAAAAGUAAAGGAAAAUCUUCUUCUGGUAAAUCACGAGGGAAGAAGGUUUCUCAAACAGAUAUCUCCUCCUCUGAUAACAUGCUUUCACAGCUUCACUUGGCUGCCACAGAUCCCUUGAAAGGGUACAAUUUCUUGGCCUCUAUAAUUUUUUUCUUUACUGAGUUGAGGAAUUCAAUUGCUAUGGAUAUUAACAACUCUGAAAUGUCUGAACAAUCUUUGGAACAAGGAACUGAUGCCAUAGUGGGGGAGAAAUCAACCAAGUUCAAGCUUACCGGGAUGUCUGAGUUCACCUCAAUCAAAGACUCUUCUUGUUCUGAAAGGAUAAUCCAAUGCCUUCCUGAAGAGCAGUUAACAGUUGACAAGAACAACCAAACCAUGGAGAAGGGUUUUUCGGUUGUUGAAUCACACACAGCUGCUAAAGCAUGUGCCAAUGUGGAUUCUGAACAGAUGCAUGCAACUGUAGAUGAAAAUCUUGGAAUGGAAACAGAGGAUCAAUCUCCAACUUCUUUGAUCCUAAAAUUUUCAGACAUAGAUUCAGUUCCUGCAGUAGAAGAGCUGAAUAAGAUAUUUAGCCGUUACGGUCCUUUGGUAACGAGAGGGACUGAAGUGUUCAGAAAGAGCAUCCAGGCCAAGGUGGUUUUUAAAAGGCGAACAGAUGCGGAAACAGCUUUCAGCAGUUCUGGAAAAUACAGCAUUUUCGGACCCUCACUCAUUAGUUACCGCCUUAAGCGACUGGCUUCCACACCAAGUAAAGCUUCCCAAGGUGGUGGUAAGAAGAGCAGAGUGGAUGAAACAAGUGGAGAUUAAAAUGCAACUUCAUGGCUUGGAUUCUAGUCAAGUUGAUGUCGAGAGAGAGGUUAGCUUAAGCAUUCACAGGUAAAGGAUUGAACUUGUAAGUGCUAUUGUUUUAUGAGGUUAUAUUGUAACUUCAUUUAUGGUGGUAGGUUAUAUCAGUUGAAAAUGAUGGGAUCAAACAGUUGGGCAUAGCAAUCAAAUUGCUAGUGGAAGUGGGUUAAUUUAUGAUUGGCCACUUUGUUA